AAGCAGAUUUAUUUGGUUUAAACGCUAUGAUUGGGGUAAAAAAAUCGAUUCCUCACAAAGUGGUAUGUAAUACAUAUAGUUUCUGGCCUUCUAAAUACAUUUUUUUGCAAAGUGAAAAUCGAAUUUGCAAAGAAACACAAAAGCUUCUUCGUGUCCUUCCAAGAAAAUAUCUUAUUCGUUAAUUUUGUUUUUAUCUAAGGAUUUUAGAUCCAACCAGCGCUGUAUUGUGCCGAAAUGUUACACAACUGGCUAUAAAUUACUUCGGGUACCACGUGCCAGCAGCAAAGUAUUUAAACGAUGGCAAAACCUGCUAAAUGUAACAGGUUAUGGAGGUGAAUUCAUUUGCGAAAAUCAUUUCAAAACCGAUGAUUUUGUCGAAAAUUCGAGAAAAAAGCUGAAAGCAUCUGCGAUGCCAUUUUUGAAACUACCACCCACUUCCAUAAAAAUAAGGAUACAAUCCGGAUGUUGUAUAAUAGGUUGUCAUUCGAAACGCAUAGGAAAUAUGGAAAAGUUUCCUCAGAGAAAAACGGCGUCGUUCGGAAAAUGGUCAGAGCUACUGGGAAUCACAACUGAGGAAGCAACUAACCUUCCCCUGUAUAUUUGUCGGAGGCAUUUCGCAACAACAGAUUACGUAACAGUUCGUUCUCGAUAUUUGAAAAUGAACGCUAUUCCCUCCCAGAACAUCGUGAGGAUGAUUAAAAUGCCAUAUAUGGAUCGAAGGAAAGUGAGGGAUUUGCCGACUCAAGCAUAUCUGACAGAUCACAGUUAUUGCAAGGAAGACUUGAAACCAAGAAGCAAUCGAUGUUGUUUUGUGCCAGGAUGUUCUAUAAAAAGUUCGAAAGGGAUAUUCUUGCACAAAUUUCCAGAGAAUAAGACAAUAGCGGAGGCCUGGAGACAUGCCAUCAAAUCAGUACACAAACCGACUCAGAAUUCCUUCAUUUGCAGCCAACACUUUCAUCAAAGUGAUUAUGUAUCAGGACGAAAUUUAUUGAAGAAUGGUGCUGUGCCUUGCCGCAAUUUACCUUCAACACUACUGGAGAAAACUCAAUCAGCACGAAGUAGUAAUAAUCCAUAUUUGCGAGCAUUCAGAAGUUUUCGGAAUCCAAAACCUACCUGUCCUUAUCGCGCCCUCGAUAGUAUAUCCGACGAGGAAGUGAAUCCCGUUAUUACAGCACAAACCAUGAGCAACAAAUCUAACGAUGAUAGCGCAGCAACAAAGGAAGAUAGUUGUCGGGAUUUUCCUACAGAUACAUACAAUAACGAAGGAUGUGAGGAAAAGGUGUCGUUUUUGUCAGAACUUCCUUUCUACGAAACCACUGAAAGAAUCGAUCAAAACAAUAACGUGACUGACUGCACAAAUACUGCAGAACAGAUCGAUAUCGACCGCACUAUUCGGGAACUGCAGCAAAAAAGGAAAAUUAUUCUUAGUGAUCUUUUAGUCACGGACAAGGAUUUGAACGUGUGGACGGGUAUGCCAUCAAUGUGCAUAUUGGAAAUCGUAUGUACGACAGUUAAGAAUCUAGAGGACAAUGUGUAUAAGAACAAGUAUAAAAUGCACACCACUGACCGAAUAAUUCUCACACUGUCUAAGCUGAAGCAAAAUGUAUCAUUUGCAGCGUUAGCUGCACUUUUCAGGAUUUCACCAACUACAGCAUCAUAUUAUUUUUCAUACACUAUCCAAAUCUUAUCAGAAGUAUUUAGUCCUAUGAUUUACUGGCCGACAAUGGAGGAAAUUCGUAGAAAUAUGCCACAUUGUUUCAAACAAAAAUUUGGUAAUCGAUGUGUACUCGACUGCACCGAAGCUUGCUAUUCUAAUUGGCAUGCACUAAGCUUGAACGGCAAAUAG